UGCCACGCAGAGGGAACACAGUAAAAUGCCAGCUUAACUAGGACCGGUGGGCAGCAAUACCAUGGAGCAGCAGCAGCUCUGGGAGCUCCUGCCGGAGUGGGAAGUGGGUCCUCCCACUGCCCUCGCCCUGCUCUGCGGCUCAGUCGCAGCCCUGGCUGUCUGGAGGUGGCUGGGCGAGCGGCAGAUCCAACAGAAAAUGGAAGAGGCUCGGAGGAGCCGGGAUCAGGGUGUGAAAAGGAUGGAGAAGGCUGUUCAGCGGUUCCAAGAACAGGUCUCCCACGUCCAGAGCACUGACAUCUUGUCCCUGCCCCUGGUCGAGCUCGCCAGGAGACUGCGGGAAGGGUCUCUGUCCCCUGAGACGGUCCUCUACACCUACAUAGAGAAGGCCCUGGAAGUGACCCAGCAGACAAACUGCUUACGACAUUUUAUUCCGGAGUGUGAGGAGCUACUCCAGGAAAUACAACGACGAAAGGAGAAAGGGCUGCUCUACGGCAUUCCGGUCAGCAUCAAGGAUCACAUUGGCCACAAGGGACAUCUGUCAACCUGUGGCCUUGUGCAGUUCUUGAAUGCCCCAAUGCAAGAGGACAGCGUCCUAGUCAAGGUUUUGAAGAAACAGGGGGCCAUCCCAUUUGCAUUUACCAACGUGCCGCAAUCUCUCUUCAGCUACGACUGCAGCAAUGCCAUCUUCGGCCAGACGCUGAACCCUCUCAACCACAAGAAGAGCCCCGGAGGCUCCUCCGGUGGGGAGGGAGCCCUGAUCGCAGGGGGAGGCUCCAUCCUGGGCUUUGGGUCGGACAUUGGUGGCAGCAUCCGCCUGCCAUCCAGCUUCUGCGGGCUGUGCGGCCUUAAGCCCACGGGCGACAGGCUCAGCCUGUCUGGAGCAAGUGGCCCAGUCAACGGGAUCCUGGCAGUUCCCUGUGUACUGGGGCCGAUGGCAAGGGACGUGGACAGCCUGGCCUUGUGCAUGAAAGCGCUGCUCUGCAAGGAGAUGUUCCAGCUGGACCCCACUGUGCCCCCCAUCCCCUUCAAUGAGGAGGUGUAUUUAAGCUCUGCUCCCCUCCGGAUCGGGUACUAUGACACUGAUGGCUACUUCCCACUCCCUCCCUGCAUGAGACGGGCAGUGCACGAAACCAAGGAUGCUCUGCAGGCAGCUGGGCAUGAGUUGGUGCCCUUUGCUCCACCUCGGAUCCACUAUGUCAUGACCGAACUGUUUUUGAAGACAUUUUUUGCUGACGGAGGCAAAGCUUUUUUGGAUCUGUUCACGGGAGAUAUUGUAGAUCCAGGCUUGAAACCACAGGUGAAUUGCUACAGGAUCCCAACACUGGGGAAGAAGCUGCUGGCUCUGAUUCUUAAACCUCUGUUUCCCCGCCUGGCUGACUACCUGAGGGCCUUGUGUGGAACAAGGUCAGCAAGUAAGAUGUGGAACCAUCAGCAUCAAAUAAUGGCGUACCGCACGGAGUUCAUCGCCAGCUGGAGGGAUCUCAGGCUGGACGUCCUGCUUUGCCCUGUCCUGGGCCCGGCUUUCAACACUGGGUACCCUGGGAAGCUCCUCACUGCCAUCUCCUCCACGAUGUUGUACAACGUCUUGAACUUCCCCGCUGGCGUCGUACCUGUCAGCAGAGUGACGGAAGCUGAUGAAGAAGAGCUGAAGCUUUAUGAAGGCUACUGUGACGACCCCUGGGACAGGACACUGAAGCAGGCCGUGCGAGGAGCUGUGGGGCUGCCCGUGGCCGUGCAGUGCGUGGCCCUGCCGUGGCAGGAGGAGCUCUGCCUGCGCUUCAUGAAGGAGGUGGAGACACUUCGCCGGGAGAAGACAGCAAUGUAGCCUCUCCA